UAUAUCGCUUUUCAUUAUCUCCCCUUAGCAUAUCUGCCAUGCAAAAAAACGAAAACAAAAAAACAUUAUAUUUUCAGACUUUUUAACUGUUAAAAUGAUAUUAAGGAUAACAUUGAUCACAUUAUUCCUUAACAUAUAACCCAGGUAAAGAUAUUGGAAUGUGCCUGUGAUAUAUUUCAGUAUAAAAAAUGGACAAUUUGAACUCUAUUCCUUUACCACCUACUAGUAACAUUCCCCUACCUUUAGAUAGUGAACCAAAGCUAGUCAUUACAUCAUCUACAAGUGGGGAGAGGUCUGUCAGUGCUGUUUCUGCUGAUGUUGAAGCUGUUUCUGGUGACCAUGGUGACGCAGAAGAAAAUGGUGGCAAAAGUUCACACAAAGAGAAGAAAAAACACAAGAAAGAGAAGCAUAAACACAAACAUAAACACAAAGAAAAAUCAAAAGAUAGAAAGAAAAGCCAUCAAUUGAUAACUCCUGAAGUUCUCUCCCAGCAUGCAUCUGCCAUAAAGGCAGCCAUGUUGAAAGAAGUUCAGAGUGAUUCUAAAGAUGGUGACUUGUCACAGACCAUUGUUGAUGAUUUAUUUAAAGAUUUCUUAGCGACAAAAAUGAACGAAAUUGAAUCUGCAUAUAAACAAGCAGCAGAGAAAAAAGACGGUGAAAAUGAAGUUGCAAAUUCAGUUGAUGAAAUGAAUAGACUGUUAGAUGAUGAAUUAUACAGUAUUAACCAAAAUACUCCAUCGCCUGUGAAAAAAAGUGCUCAUUCUAAAAGAUCUCAUGAUAAAAAGUCUAGCAAAUCAGACAGUCUUGCUUGUGAAGUAAAGUCAUCUAUGACAUCAGUUCAGGCAAAUUUGCCUGACAAAUUGCCUUAUACAGAAUUGAGUAAAACAUUGGACCAAACAAUCUCCCACCAAAAGAAAUUGUCAAUUUUAGAAUCAAGUGAACCUUCCGAUGAUUCACUGUCAUCUGCCAUCAAACAAGUUAAAUCUGUGGAUGUUACUAUAACCGAGAUUCAAAUCAAGGGAAAAGUUCAGGAUCAUGUUAUACUACUACCUGCUAAAGAUUUAUCGCAGGAAAAGAAUUCAGUUUUUGAUCAGGUAGAAUGUUCUGUUAUGAAAGAGACUUCGGAAAGAAAAGAAGAGGGUCCUUCGUUGGAACCUGGUAAAGUUGUUCCAAAGCCAGGCAAAUUUCAGCUUGCAUUUAAAAUUAGCCAAACAAGUGCUGAUUUGAUAUCUUCAGGAGCUAAAAAAGACGAAACACAGCUGGAUAUACUGAAGAAAAAUCUGGAGGAAGGGGAGGUAAUAUCCUCUGGUCAUGGUUCUUCAUCCGAUUCAGACAGUGACGAAAAGGAAGAUGUAGAAGAUCAAGAAGAUGAUGAUGCUGAUAUUUCUGAAACCGGAUCGCUCAGUGAUUCAGAUAAAGAAACAAAAGACAAAUCUAAGAAGAAGAAAAAGAAAAAAAAACACAAAAAGAAGAAGAAGAAACACAAAAUUGCAAAAGAGAAAGACAAAGAUCUCAUUGAAAAUAAAAGUAAACGGAAACAUUCCUCUCAAAGAUCUACAUCAAGAUCAAAGUCACCAAAAAAGCACAAAAGGUCACAAAGUCCAUCAAAGGACACAGGGAAAAGAUCAAGAAGCAGGUCCUUCUCACCAAGACAUGGAGUUUGGCGAGAUAGGAGUCGAUCUAAAGACAGGAAAAAGAAAGAAAGAAGCAGAUCAUUUUCUCCAAGUCAUGGAGUAUGGCGAAUCAAUAAACAUAGACAUGAAAGGGAUAGAUCAAGGGAACGAGAAACCGAUAGAAAAAAUGAUCGUCAUCAUGACAGGGAUAGAGAACGGCACAGAAGUCGAGAUCGAGAAAAUGAGAAACGAGAUUCUGAAAGGCGAUAUGGAAAAUGGAGAUCCAGAAGUCGUUCGAAAGAAAGAAAGGGAGACAAAUCCAAAAAUAAUGAUGAUCUACGGUUGAAGAUUGAUAAAGCCAAACUUAGGGAAAUUGCAAUGAAAAAUGCCUUAGCAAUGGCUAAAGCUGGGUCAACUGUAGCUGGUGUAGAUUUUGCUUCAAUUAAGGCAGGUGGCAAAUCUAUUGAUGAGCUGACAGAGUUUUGUGCAAGAAUUGCUUCUAAGGAAAAAUUGAAACACCGACCAGCUGGGUUGACUAGUUCUUCAUCAUCUGAUGAGGGAGGGAAGAAAAGUGAUGAUGAUGAGGACUCACUGAUUCAUCAUCCAUUUAAAGUCAAUGAAAAAUCUAUUACAUUGAAUAUCAGGAAUGCUGUUCCUUUACCAAUCCUUAAUGCUCAAGAAAAGAUAACUCAGCAAGCAACACUACGCCUGCAGUUCCCUGUUGAUAGUGGUAAUGUGCACAGAACAAAGGAGUUAGAGUGGGUACCAGUUCAGAAAACAGAAACAGUGAAAACCUCUGUGGUUGCUGUUACUACAAAUGCUGUUGCCUUACCAUCAACAACUCCUUCAGGGGGGACAACUACCACAACAGUCACGGCUGUGGUGCCAACAGUGUCAACAGAGGUCAAGUUGAUGCCUGUGAAAGACGAGGAUAGAGUUUUUGUUGAAACACAAAUACAAGAGAAACCUGUUGACAUACGAUCCAUUAUAUCAGAAAGAAUCAAGGCUGCCAGACAGUUAGCAGAAAAUCCAAAAGAUUCAGCUGCAAUGUCAGCAAUGCAGAAAGCACAACAUAAUGCAAGUUUAUGGGCAAGUUCAAAGAAUUUACCUGGAAAAUUUAUCGGCAGUACUGGUGCACAGAUUCUAUCUCAGGAAGAAUUAAUGGGUCCUGAUAAAAAACGUCAGGCUUGGGCCAAAAAGGCCAUAGCAGAUGUAACAAGAUAUAGGAGGUACCGAAAGAAAUUUGCAACCCAUGUUGUCAAAAAGCUGAUCUUAAAGAGUUUAUCUUUUAUAGAGAUGAAGGACCAGUUCCACAGGGCUGCUCCAGUAAAAGGAGGUAUUGGCAUGGCUCUACUUCAAAAGAUGGGAUGGCAACAAGGCACAGGACUGGGCAAAAAUAAUGAGGGCGGUCUGGAACCUCUAGCUCUGGAUUUUAAGAUGGAUCGUAAAGGUUUGCAAUCGCAAGAUGAAUAUCGCCCAAGUAAAAAAGUUUAUCUGAAUGCUCCUGUCAAGAAGGACUUAUCAGGUAAGCAUCCAGUAUCAGCCCUUGUAGAGUUGUGUAACAAGAGAAGAUGGGGAUCACCAGACUUCCAAAUGGUACACGAAGGGGGACCUGAUCAUAAAAAGAACUUUUUAUUUAAGGUUAUUGUGAAUGGAACCGAAUAUCAGCCGUCUGUUGCCAGUCAAAAUAAAAAGUUUGCCAAAGCUGCAGCUGCUACAGCUGUUCUACAGGAAAUGGGACUGGUACCCAGGGACUCAUAAUUCAUAUUUUGGUUACCAGUUCAAAGAAAUACCAAGCUGCAGCUGCUACAUGAAACAUGACUGGUACCCAGGGACUCAUAAUUCAUAUUGGUUACCAGUUCAAAGAAAUACCAAGCUGCAGCUGCUACAGGAAACAUGACUGGUACCCAGGGACUCAUAAUUCAUAUUGGUUACCAGUUCAAAGAAAUACCAAGCUGCAGCUGCUACAGGAAACAUGACUGGUACCCAGGGACUCAUAAUUUAUAUUAUUUACCAGUUCAAAGUUUGCCAAAGCUGCAGCUGCAAUAGCUGUUCUACAGGAAAUGGGACUGGUCCCAGGGACUCGUAAUUAAUAUUGAUUACCAGUUCAAAGAAUGCCAAGCUGCAGCUGCUACAGGAAACAGGACUGGUACCAAUGGACACAUUAUUCAUAUCAUUCACCAGUUUAUAUAUAUACUCCAUCCAUUUGUUUGGAUUUAUAUCAUUAUGAAAUGGAAAAUAGGGCAUUUUGUUAUUUGAAUAUGUACAACAAUUUUCUUUAAUUAUGUGCUGCUUGAUAAUGUGAAUGUAAAAAACUUGGUUAAGUUUACCACGUAAAGUAAAACAACAUGUUGUAAUUUUUAAAAAAAAUGAGGUUUAUUUUUACCAUGUAAAGUAAAAUAAUGGUUUAUUUUAACCAUUUAGUUGGUAAAAAAAAACAUGGUUUAUUUUUUUAAUGUGUAAGAAACAACUGCAGUUAUUGAAAGUUCUUGACAAAGUCUUUGAAUAAUUCUGACCUGUUAUAUAUAAACUGAUAUUACUGUUGAUAGUUUUUUAACUUUUGGCCUUCGGUUUCUAUGUAAAUUCUCACUGGUUACUCUUUUCAAUCAAGAAAAUUGUACUGCUAUUUGUUGGUGUAACAUUCACUUUAGCAUUGUUAUCUGUUAUGUAAUUGGAUACUAGUUAAAGACUACUUAUUUACAAAAUUCAGAGAUUUUCUUUCCCAAAAUAGAUAAUAAUCAAUUUUUGUUUUUAAGAAAAGUUUUGAACCCCAAAAAUAUCCCAACUCAAUAAAAAUUAAUUUAGUUGGAACUUGGAAUCCAUCAUAAUUGGUAAUUUAUAGUUUAAAAUUAUUUCUGAUGAUUUUUUAGAAAGCAGCUGUAAAUAUUGCUUACAGAAAUCAAUUAAUUUUAAACCCAAUUUGACCUUUUUGAACAGUUAUCAGUGAGGCAAAAGGGAAGCUAUGUAUGACCAUCAAAAUGGUGCAUUAAUUGAUAGUGUAGUAUGUUUUUAUUAAUUCAAUUAAGAUAUUAAAAUUCUCAUGUUUUGAUAUGUAACAACAUUUAAGUCUACAUAAACCUAGUCUAUUAUUGAACAUUUAUUGAGAAUUCUGUAGUUUAUUUUUAUGAUAUAGAUGAUUUAGGUAUACUUUUGUCUGAAUAUCAAGGAUAUUUUACACUAUUUAAAGUUACCUUUUCAGUUGAAUAUUUUUCACUUCCACCAUUAUUGAUCUAAUUCCAUAUUUUGUCCUAAAAAAAAGUUUCUCAAAUGUUUUAUACCAUGUAAGGAUAUCAUAAGUGAUCGUUAGCACCAUUUGACUGUUUAGUUUUCUUGUUUGUUGAUUCUAUUAAAUGUGAAACUUUGUCUAAAAGGUAAACACUUUAUGACCCCAAAUUUUUUUUAUGUUGUGUUCAGCGUCUGCAGUUGUGCCUGCUUCUGUAGUGGUAUCAGGCUGUGCUCGGCCAAGCAUUUUAUUUAGAUUUUUCUUCAUUUUCUUGAAUGUUUGUACAGUAUAAUGUGAAUUCAUUUAUUUUCCUGUGUACCAAUUUUUGUGGAUUAAGGAAAAAUUGUUUAUUACUAACCACAAAAUCAAAUAUCCAUGAAUAGAGUCUAUUCAUGGAUAUUUGAUUUUGCGGUUUUACAAAAGUGUACAUACAUCAAGCCUAUAUAAAACGUGUACUUAGUUGGACAUUUAAAUUCAUGGUUCACCUCGACCCAUAAAAGCCACGAAAAUUGGUAUCCAACAAAUAAUAAUGAAUCUUGCGUAUAUAUUCAGAAAUUAUCUUUCUAUAAAGAUUUGAUAAAAAGAAGAUUUUCUUGAAAUGAAAAUGUUUGUUUCACAGUUUUGCAGAAAAAAAUGUUUCAGUCUCAUGCAGUAGCUGUUUUUUUGAUAUUUUUUAAAUUGAUUUAUUUUUUUACAUCGUUAAAUAUCACUGCCAUUAUGUUUUUUUUAUAGAAAAAUACUAUAAUGUUAAAGAUUAAUUGUUUGUUUGUUUUAAGCAAUCAAAUAAAAAUUAAGUAUUAGAAAUGUAUGGAUUGUGGAAUAUUUUUUUUCUACAUGUGUCUUUGAUGUUUGUUCAUUUUUAUUGAGAGCUUGUAAAGUACUUUGAUAAAAACUUCAGACAAUAAAAAUGUUAAAUAUA